AUGAUCAAUAUUAAGCAUUUGGGUUUUUUUUCAGAUUUUUGGUUUAAAUUUUUUUUUUUUUAAGAUUUCAAAUUUUUGGUCCAAGUUGGAAUGGGAAAACUGUUUCCCAUCCAUCUCUAAUGCUCAGUACUGUUGAAAAUUCUGCUCUUAUUAUUAGAUAUAAUAUCUUAUCAAAACAACAAAUCAUUUAAAUAUUUCAAUAAUAGCCUAAACAUUUAAGAGCCUGUAGUGAGGUGGCCUGGUUCCCAGCCGCCCUCAAGGGGGAUGAGCCCCUCCAGACGCCCAAGUGGGCAGAGCCAGUGGAGCUUGCGCCCGCCCCGCAGAGGUCAGGGCGCAGAACAGGAAGUACAAAAGUCCAACCCCAGAGUUCACUAGAGCCCCGUCCGCCGGAGAAGCCAGAUGCCUGUGGCCUAGCUCCUGGUGGAGAGACUCCUGCAGUCUGCAAUCGACCCGAGUACUGGCCAGACCAGCCGACGCCUGAUGCCAACCAGAUCCCGGAGAAGCUGUUAAGCCUGCCAGUAGCAAGCUACCCAGAGGAGCUGCCAAGCUUACCACUCGCCGAAUACCCCAAGGAGCCCAGGGUGCUUGAUUCCGUGGAGGACACCGUCACGAUGCAGCAAGCUAGCAAGCUGCAAGUUUUGGAUAGCUAAAAGCAGAAGAAGGAAGUGUCUUACUGAAUUAACUGAAAGGAAUAAGAACUGAGGAAGCCAGAAGACUCAAACAUGACUGAGUUAGUUUCAGAGAUGUGCCAAAAUGACAACGCCACCAACAUGUCAAAGUUGAACAACUGCUCUAUGGAUUACUUCAAGCAUGAUGUUUAUCCCACAGUAUAUCUCACAGUAUUUGCCUUAGGUAUCUUUGGAAAUGGCCUUUCCAUAUAUGUUUUCCUGAAGCUUUACAGGAAAAAGACUCCAGUGAAUGUUUUCAUGCUGAACUUGGCUAUUUCAGACCUCCUGUUUGUGUGGACUUUACCCUUCCGGGUCACCUACUACCUGAUGAAAUCUCAAUGGGUAUUUGGGGAUAUAUUUUGCAGGAUUGUGUCUUAUAGCUUUUAUGUUAAUAUGUACUGCAGCAUUUAUUUUCUAACUGUGCUGAGCAUUGUUCGUUUUGUGGCUAUUGUUCAUCCUUUCAAACAUUUGAAACUAAAUGCCAUCAAGUAUUCUAGAAUCAUAUGUGCGGUGAUAUGGGGUUUUGUGAUGACAGUUAGCAGCGUGAUGCUGUUCAAGGAACGCAUCGGCGAGGGCUACCCACACAAGUGCUUAGAUAUCCAAGAGGAGACUGUACCGAAGCUUCUCGUGAUGAACUAUAUUGUCCUGAUAGUGGGCUUCCUCCUCCCAUUUUGCACAAUAAUUUGCUGCUAUGUGCUUGUGAUCAAAGCUUUGCUUAAGCCCAGGGUUCCGAAAGCGAAGAUAAGAGCUUCUCAUAAGAAGGCAGUGUCAACCAUCUUCAUCACUUUAUUCAUGUUUCUGCUUUGUUUUCUGCCAUAUCACAUAAUAAGAACUGUCUACUUGCUGGAAAAGUGUAAGGCCUUUAUGGCCAACUGUUGCAAUUUGCUGACUAAAGCGGCAGUCAUCACUCAUUCCCUUGCUGCAAUGAAUAGUUGCCUAGAUCCUGUACUCUAUUACUUUGCUGGAGAAAACUUCAAAGAGAGACUCAAAAGUAUAUAUAAAAGGUAGAGGAUGAAGAAUCAAAUGGACAUUCCUUAUUGGGAGUAUUUUCUAGUGAUCAAACCCCAGGACUGGAGGUUGAAAGAUCAUGGGUCUUUUAAUCUAUGCCGCUGACUUGCCAUGUGACCUGGGGUGAAUCACGUAACUCUGUGCCUCCAUUUCCCUAUCUCUAAAGUGGGGCUAUUCAGAGUGGCUAGUAUCUCAGAACACCGUGUGAAUUUUCUUCAUAAACAGUUGUAAAGGGGUCCAAGAUCCCACCCUGGAAUUAUGCCUAUUUCUCUUCCACUGAGUAAAAACCAGCCAAAAAGAGGCUUUUGUCCUUUAAGAAGCCCUCUACUCCAGAGGACUUCAUUUACUGGUAACACAAACUGAAAAAAAAAAGACCUUUAAUUCUGGGAAACAGACUGGGUCUGUGGUUUUGUCAUCUCCAAACUCUUGCUUUUCUCUCCCCAAAAGCACCCACAAGCCCCUUGCAUUCUGGAUCCACCUGUUCCUCAAAACUGGGAUUACUGGUCCCUCCCUCAAAGUUGCCUCUCCAUUGGCUACUCCAACCCUCAGAGCAUAGUCUCAGUGCUUUUCAAUACCUCGAUCCCUCCCUAGGCAUUACCAUUAAUUUCAGGCCUCUUUUCUUUAGUAACACCUUUUUUUUUCUUUCCCAUCCAGGGAGCAUCUUUAGACUGCUCAGGCAUCCUUUUUAUUGGGAUCAGGUGCUGCAUCACUAACUGGCCAAUAAGCCACCACUGAGAGUACCUAAUUGCUCUCAGGUGGGGUUUAGGGGGCCAUUGUAGGCCAGUUAAGCCUCGAUUCGCUUUGAAGGGCUACUUGCCACCGAUAAAAGGGUGUGGAGAAACUUGGAUGGGUGAUAUUAUAGAAAUGCAAAGUAUUAUUUUCAAUAACUACCACUGAGAUAGCUUGUGGGGAGGGAUAGCUCAGUGGUUUGAGCAUUGGAACACUUGUGCUCCAGCUCUAGCCUCUCCAUUGUUAAUGUACCAAUCAGACUGCAUUAUACAGUCCCAGUCUGCCCCUUGGAUAAUGCUGGCUUGGAAAAUUUGUUAUAGUCUGAAAAUAGGUAGGUGAGAAAGCUCUCUGGCUGGGUUUACAGGAUUGGACUCAUGAACUCACUGGGCAUUUGUAUAAUUGAAUUCUAAAGUUCCUUGUGAAUAAUCUGACUUGUGUAUAAAGGAUUCCCAUCUCCAUAUCAAAAGGCCCUUUUAUAAGGUGCUAUACAUCUAAUUACAGUAGAACAAAGUGGGGGAAUAUUCAAUAAAUUGAGUGGACAGAAUGUCUGAAUAUUUGCCUCUGCCAGUAAUCACUCUGAGUUUUUACCCCAAAUGCCCACUGUCACGCUGCAUACACUCAACAAAUAGCACAUAGCAACACCAGUCCUCUUCCCACAAAAGUUGAAGCAACAGAGAAAUGGCUUUUAAAAGCAUGACAAUGUCACAAAAACCAACGGGAUUUCAUUAAGCUGAUCAAUAAAAUGAUCAGGAACAUUAAUCAACAUUUUCAGAACAUGUAAAUAUGAAGCUAUUCCUUUUUCUGUGUUUUGGGGUUUCUUUGUGUUUUAGGAAUGAUCAACCUCAUCCUUAUAGAAUGUUGGUUGCAAAUUGAAUUCAGUAACCACAGCUGCAUAAUAAACCACACCUACAUACAUCAUUAGGACUAAAGCUUCCAUCCUUUAUUUUCAAAAGCACACAUGUCUUUCACGGGAGAUGAAGAAAAUUGUUCUUUGCUAUAGAAAGACCCUAAGUUGCAACUGGUCACAAGAUAUCAGUAUAUUUCCACACAUAUUGUGCCUUAUCUUACUUCUAGUUAAAUCAAACCACUCCCAUUUAUGUCAACAGAGCAGCACGGAGACCUCAAACCACCCUCAAGAAAAAUUGUUGACGUAUUUGCUCAAUCGUAACCUAUUUUCUUCAAGCACAAAAGGUUCCAGAAGAUCUAAUGCUGGGGAAAAUUUGAAGCCAUUAUAAGUUAGAGGGGGACAAAAAUAAUAGGCAAAUCAAAAUUUCAAAUUUGGAUAAUUUUUUAAAAAAUGACCUGUAACUCCAAACAAAUUGAUGUGCUUUCUACAACCUUUGAGAAAUUUGUCCUUUAUCAUCACUAUAAACCUACCUAUUUUCAGACUAAAACUAAUUUUCCAAGCCAGCAUUAUCCAAGAGGCAGACUGGGACUGU